AUGUGCGGCACGUCUUUCGAGUACGUCUCUGGUUGGAGGCAAAAGCGAUGCCACCAAAAUUACAUCGCGAUAUAUGAGUCAAAAUUAUCAGCUUCGAAGGCGGCGCUAGAGGUAAUUGGCUUAAGAGUGGCUCGAGGUCUUCUCCCUGUCUCCCCGAUGAAGCAUUCUGUUCACGUAGUCGGUGGAGUGUCUGUUAACUGGCAAUAUGGGGAAAGAUGGGCCCGCGUAAAGAAUUGUCAAGCUUGUUGA